CCAAGAAAUUACAUCUACUCUCUACAUUGCGGUCCUUGUUGCUUUUCUAUAGAGAAGCGGUGUCUCACUUUUGUUCUGUGAGUGUAUCCACCACCUCUCAGCAACACCUUGCUCAGAGGUGUUGACCUGGAACGGUCAAUCCCGUCCAAGAAGAUGACAGACAAUACACCUCUGAAGAAUCAAGCACUUUAUGAUGGGAGGUCAUCAGUCAUCUUGUUCUUUGUUUUGCAAGCCGUCUUUCGAGCAAUAGCUCCUUCCGAUCUUCCUGCUUCAGCCUGGGCUGCUGUUCGGUGCCUCAUAUGACGGUAGCCAUACCUUGUUAAUGCUCAACAGAAGUUUCCGCCUACUUCUUUUUGACAUGGCGAGUUUUAGGAGAGCUGUGUGCCUGCCAGGGAAGUGCUGUGAGCAAUGUAGACAGUUGGCAAUCCCAUCUUUCCACCUCCCAUGUGUUUCCUGGCCUAGGAGCGUCUAUUUAAUUUCCCCUGACCCUUCAGAUGUACCACCCCCAGCGUUGUCUCACAAUUAGUUUACAAUUCGACCCAAGUCUCAAGUCUCUUCUUUUUAAAGCUUCGCAAGGCUCAGCAACAAAAACAAGUCGAAGAUGCGCCUCAUCCCUGUGUUGGGCUUCUUCCUUACGGCAGUCGAAGGGCUCCGCACAGGAAGGGGUAGUCCUCUCCUGCGUCUGGGCAUCUCGAAACACAUCAACAAGGUCGGCAAAUCGACUGCUGCUGUGUUUCCUGACCCUCAAGACAAGCCGUUUCCCAAGCACAAUUUUCUGAACGCCGACAGCACGAAAUUUGCCGCCAAUGACACCGCCAUUCCCGAUGUCGACUUUGAUGUUGGCGAGUCCCUGGCUGCUCCUGUUUCGAGGUCUUCUACAAGAACACGGUCCCUUCCUUUGGCCACCAGGGACUCUAAAACCCGUGCGGAAUCCUUGGAGCUGGCACACCCUAACCAACAUCGUCCGGUUAGCACAGGGUUUUCAACGGAUGUUCCAACCAUCACCAAUGAGAAUGAGCUCGCUGCUCAGUUUCUAGGAUGGUGGAAGAAUUUCGUCGACACCUUCGGCAUGCAGGGCUACAAGGUGUACAUUUCUGGAGAGUCCUAUGCCGGAAUGUACUGCCCUUACAUUGCUAACGCUAUGCUCAACAUAAACGACACCGCCUACCACCAACUAUCCAGCAUGUACCUGGGGGACGCUGUCAUCGGCGACAAUACCCAACUCUACUAAAGCAUCCCCAUGCUCCGCUUCGUUGAAUACCACAGCUCUCUUUUCCCCUUCAACAACACCUUCCUCGACGAGAUCAGGACUACUGACGCCGAGUGCGGCUGCUCCUCCCUCCUCGACAACCACCUCGUCUACCCUCCUAUUUCCCACCUGCCCUCCACCCUCCCAGAAGUAUCGGAAAACGGCACCGUUACAGAGGAAUGCACCUCUCUCUGGUGGUGGAUCCUAGAAGCCGCCCUCCGCCUCAACCCCUGCUUCGACAUGUACCACAUCACCGCCUCCUGCCCCCGCGUGUCUGAUGUUCUCGGGUUCCUGGCAGGGAUCGAUUACGUCCCCGAGGGGGAGAAGAGAUACUUUGACCGUGGGGACGUAAAAGCCGCCAUCCACGCACCGAGGAAUGUCACUUGGGAGGUGUGUGGUGAGAACCAGGUUUUCGCCCAGCGAAGAGGACGGCUCCGGACCGUUCAUCAUCCACGCUUUGCCGAGUGUUAUCGACAAGACCCAAAACGUCAUCAUCGCCCACGGGCAGCUGGACAUGGUCCUGCCAUCAAACGGCUCCCUUCUCGCGAUCCAGAACAUGACGUGGGGAGGGAAACUCGGGAGGGUUGACUGCAUGAAUUUCACGGCACCUUUUACGGUUGGGCAUCUGUAUUACUCUGAUCAGGCACCGAAUGA